UGCCAACUGGCCUCACCCCUGGCCAAGGAGCCUGAACUUAGCCAACAUUAACAAGCCUCCUAUGAUACACAUAGUCUCAAAUUCUACGCCUCGGAUAACUAACUGUGAAGAGGCUCAACACUGGCUGAGGGCUCCCCGACAGGUACCGGUGACGGUCUUGCCGGCCGAAAGGUCGAAGCGAGAUAAAUUUCGCCAUGAUGAUGAUAUGCAAAAAGUUGUUCCCAGGUACAUUCAUCAUGCCCUAUCAUGCCUGCCAAUGUCGCCAACGCUGUUGGCGAGCAAGAUACUACGAGAAAACCAAUCAAUCAAUUCAAACUACUAUUCAGAGAUUCAGGGGUACCUUGUCAGGGAGCAGAAGCGAGUGUACGUGAUGUUCUCGAGUCUCGCCAGCCUACAUGCCACAAGGCCUCCGAAUUCGUGUUCAAGAUCUCCAACUUCAGUGAGCUCAUAACGAAGUUUGAGGACGAAAUUCGGGAUGAAUUGCUGAAACUCAUAAGCUACACGGUGCAUACACACUGCGCCU